AUGGCGCUGAGCGGAGCGUGGCUCUCCCGGCCCCGGGGGGCGGCCGGCGGUGGGGAGAGCAGCCGGCUGCUGCCCCAGGCAUCCAGGCUGGUGGAGCUGCCCUACUCCUCCUCCGAUGACGAUGACAGCUCGCUGGCCGGGGACACGGACCUUCCUGUGGCCGAGCGGGACCCUGGGCCGUGGUGCCCUGUCCCCACCAAGCCGGGCACCUUCAGCCAGUGUGUGCGGUACCUGGCCUUCCUCUGGAACCUCCUCUUCCUCCUGCUGGGCCUGCUGGCCCUGGCCGUGGGGGUGUGGGGGCUGCUGGCCAAGGGCUCGCUGGGGGGGGAGCGCCCAGCCCCACUGGGCUCCGACCCCAUGCUGCUCUUCGUGCUGGCGGGGCUGGGGGCCGGCACCGUCUCGCUGGCCGGCUGCCUGGGUGCCCUCCGCUCCAGCCCCUGCCUGCUGCGCUUCUUCGUGGGGUCCGUGCUCGCCUUCGUGGGGCUGGAGGUGCUGGGGGGGCUGCUGCUGCUGGCGGCACGGCACCGGCUGCGGGACGCCCUGCGGGACACCCUGCUCCUCUGCCUCCUACGCUACCAGGAGGAGCCCGACCUGCGGUUCCUGGUGGACGAGGUGCAGCGGAGCCUGCGGUGCUGCGGCCUCGGCUCUUACCGCGACUGGGAGACCAACCCGUACUUCAACUGCAGUGCCCCGGGAGUGCAGGCGUGCAGCGUCCCUGCCUCCUGCUGCCUGGACCCCUGGCAGAACGGCACCGUCGCCAAUGCCCAGUGCGCCUUCGGGGCCCUGCGCCUGGGGGACGUGGCGGCCAGCAGCGUCGUGCACCUGGGGGGCUGCGUGGCCCAGCUCAGCGUCUGGCUCCGCGGCCAGGCGGGCGGCAUCGUGGCUGGCGCGGCCGUGCUGGUGCUGGUUGAGGCCGCCGGCGUGCUCAUGGCACUGAAGGUGCUCAGAGACAUCGCGCCUGUCGGGGCACGGGAUUGA